AUGGAUUCACAGAUCAUUACUAAAUAUGUUUACGAACUACUGCAAAAAGAAUGCCACUUGAAGAAAGUAACCCUCCCAGUUGAUGCGACUGAGAGUGAACCAAAGAGCUUUAUCUUUAUGAGCGAAGAUGCAUUAACAAAUCCUGACAAGCUGUUGGUCCUAAUUCACGGUAAUGGCGUUGUCAGAGCCGGUCAGUGGGCUAGGAGACUUAUAAUUAAUGAAGAUCUGGACAGUGGCACGCAGAUACCAUAUAUAAAGAGAGCUACUGAGGAAGGCUAUGGAGUAAUAGUACUGAAUCCCAAUGAGAACUAUAUUGAAGUGGAGAAGACAAAAGCCCAAGUACAGCUGUCUUCUGAUAGCUCAGAUGAACCUGCAGAAAAGAGGGAAAGAAAAGAUAAAAUCCAGAAGGAAACAAAGAAGCGACGUGACUUCUACGAAAAGUAUCGAAAUCCACAAAAAGAAAAAGAAACUAUGCACAUGUAUAUUAGAAAAUACCUUGCUACUGAGUAUGGGAAACAAAAGGAUGCACAUACGUAUUCAAAGUCACCAACAGGGCACUGCUUUUUCUCUCGGCUGCUUUUUACGAGAGAUGCCAUUCUGCCCACCAGCCAGACCCGGCUUCUACAAGGGGGCGACCAGGCUUGUCUCAAGGUCCAUCAGAAGCUCAUGGACGAUGUCGCUGUCUUGUCCAGAAAGGCAUUCGGUCAGCAUGCUGGCCCAGGGUCCCCUCGUGGAAAGCGAGCCUUUUUUUGA